GCAUGAUAUUAUCUAUCUUCUACAAAUGGGAAGAAAGCCUAAUCAAGCAAUCAGGCAUUUCUUUGAGCGUGGGCCCAAACUAAAUGACAAUAGUAACAGAUAUCAACAAACAUGCAGACGCUGCGGUGAGAAGUUCGAAAAGGGCAGACAAGAAGCCCUUAUUGCCCAUGUUGCAAAGAGUUGUCGAGGCGUGAAUUCUCAGGAGCGAGAGCGAUUUCUCGCUGAAGUUUCUGCAAAGAAACAAGCAGCAAAGACGAAAACGACAAUUAUUUCUUCAGAACUACCCCAUGCAUUACCUGAACUCUCAGGUCUGGAAGCGUUGGCUGAAGUAUCUCGGCAUCAUGGCCAGCAGUCAUUGCAAAACGACCUUAUCGCGCAAUCAUCCGAUUUCAUGGGUCGCAGUGACGUGAACAACCAGAAUUUGCUUGCUCGUGCUUCGAACACAUUACCAUUUCACACCACAUCCGCUUCAAAUUCAUUAUUGAUACCCACUACCGUCAGACAGGAUGUUGAACAUUCUGAUGAACUUCGAAUUGCAGCAUUGCGAGCUUUGGUGCCACCUCGGACAAACUAUUUGGAACGAACCAUCGACAAUGACGACGCGCUUGUCGAUUAUAGCCAUGGAGAGGCUCCCAUUAUCGGUGUGAACUAUUCUCGUCAUGGACCAGCGCACGUAAUAGACAGCGCGGGAGAUAGCCCUGGAGCAGCAGAUGACCUUGUCGACUACGGUCAUGGUCAAGCACCCAUCGUAGAUGAGCAUUAUAGUCGUCACCAUAAGUCUCCUUCAUCGAAAGAUAAGUCCACAGAGAGCACGCAUCGCACCUUAGACCCUUUGUUGAGCGGCACGCAAGAUUCCCAAAGCUGCGAUGAUCACGACCACAUGAAAUUGGUCGCUGGAUAUGUUGCUGAUGGAGAUAUCCAUACCGAUCACGAUAUGGAUUUACCAGUCUCCUCAAUGCCUCCAGCCAGUGGGAUAGACGCGCCUGCCUUUCAAACGCAACAUGUCUUCGACGCACAGGCUCAAUUUCAAAUAUGGCAUCCUGGGGGGAAAACGCCUGCUGUACCCAAAAAAGUCCGUGGCGCGUUUGCAUUAGAUCGUCGAGCCGCUGUUAAGGAGGUUCGCAAGAAGGGAGCCUGCCUUCGCUGCCGUAUGCUGAAAAAGGCGUGCGACUCUGACGAUCCUUGCAAAGAAUGUGCGAAACUCGAGAAUGCUCGCAUGUGGAAAGGUCAAUGUUUACGCAUACGUCUCUCGCAAAUCUUUAACGUGUUCAGCUCAACCCUUUUUAUGAAUAUCGCUCACAAGACAACCGAGCAACUACGGAGAACAACUACGUUUACGAACCUACCUGGGAGAUUAGAAAUAAGCUAUUUCCCCAAUGACAGCCUUUUUAUGACCUUCGCCGGCCUUCGGGCGUCAAAUGAUGACGAAGGUCAGUCGCGGGAUAUCAUUGACAAUGAUGACGAAGGCGUGGGAAUUGGAUCAACGUUUGAAAAUAAGAUUCAUCAUUACGGACAUAGAGCGCUCUCAACGCACUUCGACACAGUCGAUGGACACAUGAUGUUUACAAAUAUGUCUCAUUUUAUGUCGCACGCUAUCAGGCAGGCGAUGGUUAUGCAGAACUGCGUACUCAUCGCUCGCGCCCUUGACCUAUGGAUCUGUGUGACAUUCCUGACAAAACCACGACAAGAUCUUAUCGCAACGCAUGAGCCACAUCUCCCACCUUCGAACUUGCCUGUGGAUUUGGCGCACAACGCUACGCAAAGGAGCACAGGCACGCACUACAUCUACAUCCAGCUGCGGCGAAAGCUUGAACGAGCAUGCGACACACACUUCAAAGCCAUCAUGACGGAACUUGAGAAGUCGCUCAUUCAGCGUAGGCAGGCCGAUAAUUUUGAGACGUUCUUAGGCACAACAAUCUUGCUCCGCUGUGUCGAAAUGGUGAGCUACAUGUACAAGGGCUAUGACCACCUUGUCGAUGCGUCCUCCAAUGGAACGAGGAAGGACGAAUUAUACGGCGCAGAUGCCUGGCCGUUGGAAAAUUCUCCAAAUCACUACUGGCAACAGGGUGAGCGAUUUAGUGACUUGCUUUCCAGCAUGUUGCGAUUGAGAAAGGUCCUGCCUGAAUAUACAGUGCGUGGUGGCAAAAUCAAGGUGCAGGAUGAAAACGAGGUCGUCAGGGACUGGUUCGAGGCGAUUGAUGUUGAGGCGGAUAGUUUACAACGUGCACGGGACAAUCCGUAUGAUGCGAUUGACGAGAAUGCGUGGGAGUUUCGGUGGAUGGGCAAGCUUCUGGAAACUUGAGCUUGACACGAUGAAGAAAUGCAUCAAAGCUAACAAUACCAAAAACACAUCCACCAUAGUGACGUAUGCGUAUGAUGCAUAUGUUGAAGUCUGAUAAAUGUGACUCUUGAACUACCCCUAAACGUUGAAG